GACUGACGAAGGUGGCCGAGGUAGGGGAUACUCAGUCUCGCGGCCACGUGCUACACGAGCGCACGCCCCGAGCCGGCCGGUGGUCCAGCCACGUCUCCGUCCUCUUCUUCUUCGUCCCGUUUUAUCCCACGCUUCCCGGUUCCUCCUUCUCCCUUCCAUUCUUCUUUUAUACACCGACCCGUGUUCCUCUCUCCGCUUCCUUUUUUUUUCGCUCUCUCUUCCUCUCCUCUUCUUUUCGUAUCCGCGCUUCCGACCGUCCGAUUCCCACCCGGCCGUGUUCUUCGCGCGAUUCCGCCGCGCGCCGCGCCGCACCGAGCGGAUUCCGUGGACGCCGCUCGAGCGCGUCUCGCGGCCCGGGAAAUCGCGGGUACGCGGCGCUCCGCUCGAAACGACCGGCUCGCCGAACAACAGUUUUCAAAGGCCAAACGACACACACGAGCGCUCGCAUGCUGCCCGGAGGAGCGGAGGCGAAUCUCGCGAAUCUGCUGCCGUCGUCGUCAUUCCCUCCGGAUCUGACGCGCGAUCGUUCGAACCACGAUGUUUACCGUCGUCGAGGAUCACGCGUGAACGACUGGUUCCUGUGUCCCGAAGCGCAAAGUGUCCUGGCUCGACCACGAAGACGGCGGUCGACGUAGGGAACCCAUCGGCAGAUCCUUGUUUCUAGAUGACGAUGACACGCACGAAGUGGACCAGUUCGGUACAGCUGAAAGAAACUGGACUCUGUACGAUUAAUAACGGCACGCCUGUUCCACGCAGAUGAUUAAAUACUAAAGUUGAUCCAGAGUGUUGCACGUAUCCAGUGAUCGAAACGCAUUGUGCGCCGAUUGGUGUCUGUUCUUGAAGGAGUUUCCGGUCACCGUGAGCAGACUCGACGCAGUGAUCUUCGGAAGCAUUUAGGGCUUUCAUGGAUAAUUCGAGUUCGUUUCGGAGUGUGAGGGAGUGUUGUACAGUGUGAAUUCAAUAGGAAUGAUCGAUGCGCUGAAUUUAUUCGAGGAAGAUGUCAGCGGCCGGGGGACUUCGAUUAUCGUCUAAUCAUAAAAGUUCGCCAUUGUCGUCGCGAGAAGAGCCUGUUCCAUGAGAGAAUCCCUCUCGAACCUGAAGUUUCAAUUCCACGGUGGUGUUCGGGCUGGCGGCGUGCGGGCGGAAUAACUCGCUGUCGACAGGGCUCCGUCGUCUUCAGUUUCUAUGUAGGAUACAAGUUCACACGGGAUCCGGUAAGGAGCGAGGAGGAGGCCGGUGGUCCCGGUUUCACCGUGAUCCAGUGAAUCCGUGGCAGCCGACGAAAUUUGGCAACGGUUCCGGAGGUUGUUGGACACGCGCGAAAAUGUCGGCCCGCGGCAUCGGGCACGGAACAGACGGCCCGAAGGCCCGGCGCGAACCGUUUACUCCGAGAGAUUAAAGAACAUCGAAUGGACGUGGGCGAUUUGUCGAGCUCGGCAGGAUUGGCUGGGAGCGGAUCCAUCCCUGGUGCAACGGGUGUUGGUAUCAUUACAAGUACGACAUCCGCCACCGCAGGGUGGUGGACGCCUACGUCGACGAUCGCCUCGGCAGCGGCCAACACCGACGUGAUGAAUCAGCUGUGCAGGGUCUGCGGGGAGCCGGCCGCGGGUUUUCACUUCGGAGCCUUCACGUGCGAAGGUUGCAAGUCGUUCUUCGGCCGCACCUACAACAAUCCCAGCAGCAUCAACGAAUGCAAGAACAACGGUGUGUGCGUGAUCAAUAAGAAGAACCGCACCGCGUGCAAGGCGUGCCGGCUGCAUAAGUGCCUGAAUGUGGGCAUGUCGAAGUCGGGCUCCCGGUACGGUCGUCGCUCGAACUGGUUCAAGAUCCAUUGCCUGCUCCAGGAGCAGUCGCACCAGGCGCAGGCGCGCCUGAUCAAGGAUCCGAAGUCCAUCUACGAGAAGGCGUUCGGCUCGCUGGACGUGGCGAACAAUAACAAUAACAAUAACGAGAACGCGGGCACGACCAGCUCGACGAACGUAGUCGGCAUGGUUACCACGACGACCACCACAGCGAACAGUUACCAUCACCUUCAUCAUCAACAGGAUAGGUUUCCGAAGCGGGACGAGUCGGUGCUCAGGCUGCAGGAGCUCCCUACGCAAUUAAGAGCGCCGGACAUACCGACGAGGCCCGGCCAGGACCCGCUGCUGAGGCCGGUGGACCUGGUGCGGGCACCCCACGAGUUGCUCAGGCCGGAGGUGUCCAGGUUCCCCAUAUGGCGGGGGCCGCCGUUCUUCCAUCCGGCCCUGACGCACAUGCAGCUACUGAGCGGACCGUUCUUCCCGUUCCAGCAGCGAUUCAUUGUCCCUUACGUGAACCAGGUCGGCGCGUCCCAGAUGGUCACGAGUCUGAGCAGUUCCUCGAGCGACAGCGUCAGUCCUCGGUCGACGCCGUCCCCGAAGAAGGACGAGGAGAACAGAAGCGGCCGGGACGAGUGCAAGGAUGACGAGGGCUGCCAGAGGAGCCAGAUGGAGGUCGCGUACGACAAGACCCUGGCGUUCCUGCGGUCGCUGGGCCCGGAGCAGGACGAGCCCAUCGACCUGAGCACGAAGGGCGACCCCGCGAAGAAGGAGGGGGUCGACGCGGCCAGCUCGGAGGAGGAGAGGUCGAUGGACAGCGAGGACAACGAGCUCCUCCAGGACACGGGGCCGCCGCUCGAUCUCACCAGGAAGCAGGAUUGUGCAAAACCGUCCGAGUCUCGGGAACCCGAAGUUCGGGACGGGUCGGAUAGAGUCGGGCGGGAUCGGGCGGGAUCCCGAUACUCUCUUUAUAUCGAGGUGCCGAAACGUUCGAGAUCCCGAGAAUGGACUCGGGACUUGGGACACGGCGCGUAUGAGCGGACAAUGUAAUUUCGGGUUGCGUCGGCGAACAUCGGGCACCGCCGGGCAUCAUAGGGUACUAUCGGGUACCGUCGGGCACCAUCCGGUACCAUCGGGCAUCGUCGGGCACCGUCGGUUCGGGAGCCCGAUAAAGGAACACGUAUUGAAAAUUGAAACUAUACUUCGCGUACCUUUUAGUCCUUCGUGUAAAGUUAUUGUAGUUAAAAUAAAACGGCAGAAAUGACUAAAAAUAAAAACGUACCAUUGGUGCUUUAUAUCCUAUAUUGAAGCCAAUUGCAUUCCCUUCAUUCUAUAAUGAUCGUUUGAAAAUAAAGAUCCGCAGGUCUCUCAAUUGUUAUUAAACGUUCAGUUUCCCUUGUCGUUCUCAACGUUUGUUCGAAGAACAUUAUUAUACUUGAUUUAUUUGCACGUAACGAAUAAGAAAUGAUCAGGGACUUUUAAUAACACACGACCCGAUAUGUCUAUCUAUAAACACCAUUUUUAAACUACUGUUUCUCCUUCUUUUUCUUCUUCUUCUUUUCUCUUCAAUAUAGAUUUUGUAAUAGAACACCAACAACAAUAGUACUUUUAAAUAACGAUAUCUAUCAUUUUGGUUUUGUAAACUUAUAUUUACAAUAUAUUUCUUAUUUUAUCAUUAUCCAUGCAUUGUUGUAUAUUUCAUGCCGAGACUACAUAUUGCAAUAAAUUAUAGUUAUCCAUGUGAAGUACGCGACACUAAAGCAACGAUGUAUAAAAGAUACACAAAGCAUUCGACUUCGUAAUUUUCGAACUCUCGUGUACUUUCCGUUUUCUCGGGUGAACAAUGCGACGCUGACACUGUGCGAGCUUUGUCUUUCGUCGCUGACGCGGCCCCAAAAAGUAAGAGCGAAGGAGAACCUCUUGAAGACGUCACGACAAUUUUAAUAAAAUCUUUUGCUACGUUUUCUACGUUUUCCAUAUGUCGUUGAUAAGAGCGUAUUUUUCAUUUACAUCCCUCUUACGUCAAGCUUACAUAAGGGCAAAGUAUGCGAACUAUUCCACGUUAACAAUUUCAAAUAUCAUCGAAGACAUGUCGUAACAACGUUCCGUUCUCUUUUUGUCUAUUCAAUAUGUAGUCGACAACUGGAUCCCGAACCGAUCGCGUGCGACGCUUGUGGAUCGUGGAGCGUUUAUUCGAAGCCACUCGAGCCGCUUGCCAAUUCCAUAUUCGGGGCCCGAGACCCACGGGAAUCUCUCGAGAUCUCGAACAGCGAAACGUACCGGGAUCCCGCCCGAUCCCGCCCGAAUUUCUUCGACCCGUUCCGAUCCCCGUAGCAUCGGGUACCCGCCGCACGCCUGCCAAGAAGACAUGACCCCGGUGCCACGACGGUACUCGAUAGGAACGGGACUUGCUAGUGGCUCGUCCGGGAUCGUCGUCGAGACGUCGCCGGUCUACGCACAGAGAGCCACAUUGUUGGCCUUCCGCGAAGACUGGGAGAUGAGUUACGACUGAAGUGACCGGGGGGGAAUAGAUUGCGCGAAGAAGCUGUUCUCGCGAAAGGAAAACAUUUCCAGUCGCGGCCGAGGAGACAGAAGGCGACGAGGAAGCAGGGGAUAAUUUGGCGGCGAGCAAGAAACCUGAAGGAUUCUUCAGAGGAGUGCAGGAUUUUUAGUUCAAUGGGAAAGUGAUGCGGCAGGAAGUGGACGUCGCGAAUGACUCUACGAUCAGCGAACGGAUCGACGCUUAAAAUUGCUCAAGUCCUCGGCAUCGGUCGGCCAGGUGCUCGUCGAAGUGGUCGAACGCCGGCUCCGGUACAUCCUUCUCCAGGCCUGAUGUACGACGGACGAUUGUGCCUUGACACACCGGUGCCUUUGAGCUCUCCCAGCCGGGUAGAGUGUGCCAGUAAAAACCACGUGAUAGUUUAACGUUUAAAUGAUAAACCGCGCUCGCACGGGCACGCGCGCGUGUGUAACACUUUUGUAUGCGUAGAUUAAAUAAAAUAUACACGCUUGUGCGCGCACGCGUGUGCUAGCGCGUCCGAGGAUCCGCGAUCGACCGGGACGACCGGAAGUCUCCCGGCGCUCGGUAAUGGCCAGUGUUUCGUAGAUCCUUUCGCAUCUUAUUUAUAUCGAGCCGUCUAAUUUAACGAGAGCGAGGGGCACACUCGCGAUCGGUGAUACCGUUGCGGGCGCGCGCUAGAUACCGAUCUUGCCGGCGCGAUACGCCGGGGAAGGGAGGUAGGGAGAGAAGCGUCUUCUUUUUGUUUCCUCUCGAAAAUCGUAAUACGGGACGCGAGCGUACGGUUUCUACAAAUAUUUUCUUACGCGGCCGAGAGACCGGUAGAAAACGAUCGAAGAGGGGAAAAAGGAAGGAGAACCGGGAGAGGAGGCGGAGAGAGGCGGCGAUCGCGAUCGGCCGAUACGCGCGCGAGCCCGCCGAGCGUUCGGCGAAGAUACGAAGUAAAAUAAAGAAUAUUGUAUAGCCAAUAUGUGGCGCCUUGAUCGUCGUUCAUUAAAUCUCUCCUCGAUCAUCGUUUCCCUUACGCGAGCGUCCGUAAUCACGUACCUCGAACUCGAGAUGGUAUUCGAUUACUUUCGUCUCGCGCGUCUUUCGCAUUCCAAGCCGUCGGCGCGAGCGCGCCGCGGUACCCGAGCUAACGCACACGCGAGAGAGAGAAAGAGAGAGCCUCACCCUGUCUAUCGGAUUAUUUAUUCGAUAAUAAAUUUGUCCGUAUGAUGCACUGCGCGAAAACGCGGCGUUUCCACGACGAAUUCCGUCGUGACGUCCGGAGAAACCGCGCGCCGAUAGCCGCGCUUGAACGGCCGCUAAUAAGCCGACCUUAGGUUACCGCGGAACCGUUUCGUCGAAACUGGUCGAGCCGUUUCCACACGCAGAAGGGACAAGGCAAUUUGAAGGAACACCUUGGACGUGUGUGUGUGUGUGUGUGCUUGCUCCAUGGAGGAUCGAGCGAUAGGGAAUACGAACGAGGACGUCCUUGGGAUGAAGCUUUUACUGCUAAUUGCGCUGGUCUCCUAUCGGCAGAAUUUCUCGGUACUCGGUCAACGGACUAAACCCUGGCAGGAAGUAUCCGAUCGGUGCUGUAAAUGUGGUUGCUCAAAAAAAUUAUUCGAGUCAUUACUGGAAAACCAAGAACAGUAUUGUACGCAAUAUAUCAUGUAAUAACUUCUAUAAACAAAUUUAAAUAGCUUGA